GAAGGUGGGGAGUGAGGCUGAAGGUGUCUCAGGCUUUGGGAACGGGAGGGGGUGUAGGGAAGAGGUACAGGGGGAUUCCUGAGUGCUGGCUCUGAAACCUGAGGCAGCUUGUGCUUUGGCUUCCUGUCAACCCCAGCUGUGCAUGGUAGGGUUUGUCCCUCACCUCACCUCGAAUCCAUGAGAGCCUAGGAGAGGGCAUUUCGCUUUUCCUGCGUCUGGGAGCCCCUGAGACUUUGCCCUUUGACCUUUGACAUGUGUGCAGCUUCUGCUACUCCAGGACCUUCCCCUUCCCCUUAGGGAGCAGCUCUCUACUAAAGAAAAGCAUGACAGAGGUCCACUUCUGUGCAUGUUGAGGAACACUCCCUAUGAGUUGUCUCCCUUCGCUGACAGGGAGAAUAGAGAGGAGAAUAGAGAGCAUGGGCUCUCCAGCCUGGAUAUGGAGGACUUGAAUAAAAGAGACCAGCCAUUCAUGGCAAUUCAGAAAAACAAUAGCUCAGAUAAUCUGGUGUUCCGAAUGAAAAAUGGAAUGAGGAGGACCAAGUAUAAACCAGUCGACUAUCAACAGUUGCAAGCAUUAACGGAAGCAAAAAAAUUAGCUUCUGCCUCUGUAGAGCUAAAGAUCAGGAAAGCAGAGAAGGCUUCAAAGAUAUCUAAGGAACAAACACUAAUAAAACAACACAAGCAAGUGUGGUGGCAGGAACACCAACGGCUAACUGAUGUCAGAUGUAAAAUGGAAUCUGAAAUUAAAUCCUUUCUCAGUGAAGAGAACAUUGGAAAUGAAUGUCUUUCUGACCUUACAAAUUUUGAACAAGAGUUAUCAGAACAAUGGUACACGUAUCUUAAAAAUGUGAUAAAUCCUAUUCAGCAGUUGAGAGCAGAUCUAAAAUACAGACAGCAUCACAUUUCACAGUAUUCAUACUCACAUAUUGUGCUUAACUCAGUGAAAGUACUGGAAGAGAUUGACUUCGUGAAGAAACAAUUGACUGCUAUCUUUGAAAGACUUAGUCUGGAGCAACAGAAAAUAGAAAAUUAUCUUUCAGACUGGAGUAUGAAGAUACUAGAUUAUUCUUCAGAAGAAAGAAGUAAACUGCUUAGUGAACUGCCCAUGGAAUUAGAAACUUUGGAAUGCCCAUACCCUGAUUUGAAAUCUUCAAUUCUUCAUGAGUUCUGUAACUUUACAGAGAAAUAUAAAAAAAAACUUCAAGACUUUGAUCUGCAGUUAGAAGACAUAUCCAGAAACUUCCAGUUAAGUGAAGAAGACCACUGGAUUUACCAGGCUGUUUUGGAUCAGUAUCCUGGAGAUCUCUGUGGCAGAAGAACUCUGUAUCUGAACAUGUUACAAAGAUAUUUUCCUCACAAAUCCAGGCAUGAUUUGGUGGAACAUGAGAAAUAUUGUGAUCAAUAUCACUUUGCUAGGGAGCAGCGAAGGAUCCUGAUAUCAAAUUGGAAUAAGAACAGGAGAGACUUUAUCCAGAAGGCUGUGCUGACCCUUGCCGAGGCCUGUGCAGCACACGCAAUGGAGGACACGUUGGCUAAGGACAGGAGAAAGCAACAGGAACUGUGUGCUCAUCUGAAAGCCAAGGUUCUUCAAUGGCGAGCCCACCAGGAAGAGGUAGCAAGACUGGAAAUGGAAAUUUCUGCCAGGAGAAGAGAAAAGGAGAAGGAGAAAGAGAAACUAUGGAAGGAGAAAGAAUUGUUACAAAGAGCAGAGAAGAAAAAGAAAAUAAGAAAAUACUGGGCUAAAAAAGAGCAGAAGUGGCAAGAAAUGGAAAUGAGAGAUCUUCAGCGUCUGGAAGAACUGAAGAAAUUAAUGGCUGAACAAUCAGUGAAAGACAGAGAAAGGGUUAAAUAUAGACAAGAAUUACUGGAAAAGCGUUUGAUGGAGAAAAAAGAAGUGGCCCUUCAAGAAGCUCAUGAAGAAGAAGAGCGAGAGAGGCGGCUAGAAGCCCUUAGGAAACAGGUUGCUAUUGUCGCUCAGUUUGAUCCUGUUAGAAUGAUGUCAGAUACAACCGCAUCAAAAGCAAGGAUGGGUAUUGGAAUUGAAGAAGAAUUUAUUCUUCAAAAACCACUCUUUACAAUGAAUACAUACAAUGAAUACCAGAUAAUUUCUGACCCUAGACUCCGUUUCGAGUUAGCGCUUCGAGAAGCUGGACUUCAUAAAACAUUUUAUGCCAAAGAGAUAUUUCCAAAAAUCAGUCCUCGAAAACCUCCAAGAAAGGACAUGGAGUCUACUGUAUUUAAAAUCUAGAGUUCAUCUGCAAAUCCUAUUAUAUGUAAAUAAGAUUUUUCUUUGAAAACAAAUGUUUAUAUGGAUAACAAUUACUACUUUCUAAAACCUUUUUAAAUAUCAGAUAUAGAAAUCAAAGCAUUCAUUAAAACAUCUUUGUCUUUUAUGACUCAGAAUUUCAUAAUGUCAUGCACUAUUUCCCGUAUCUUUGUUACGUCUAAUAGUACUAAAUUCAACAAGACUAUGAGACAUAAUUAUGACACAUGUGAUACAUAUAUUAUCAUUUAGUAAAUUGCAUAUUGGAGGUUAAAUUAUCCCAUGAAAAGAGCUCAAAAUAACCAUUUGCAAGAAUUAUAAUUUAUGUUGCUAGUACCUGCUGAAGUUCAUUUCUGCUUGUUAUUUCAGAAUUUGACUUUUUAAUUAUGGAAACUCCAUUAUCAUUAAUACUUCUCUUAUUUCUUGAUUAUUAUAAGAGGAGACUCAACCUUUCUCUAAAUUUAGAAACCAAUUUGGUAUACCAUGUUUACUGCAAACCAAUCAUCCAAACAAUUUCAUUUUGCAAAUUAGCCUGUAAAAAUAAAUUAGAAAUUAGGAACAGCAUUUCAAGCAUGGGAAUAUCUGUUUUGGCUUGGAAAAAAUGUAUUUGUAUGGUUGUUUAGAAGAAAUAUUUUAAAAUUUAUAAUUUAAAUGCUAUCAAAAUUCCAAAUUAUUUAAUAUCUAGAUGGUAUUAU